UUUAGAUUAUGCAAGUAAGCAGAUAGAUUAUUAGUAUAUAUAGAGGCACAUUGGAGUCUUUUCAUUACACCUGAUUCAGAUAACUCCAUUGUAAUUGCGUGAGACGACCAGCUGUAUUUGGAAUAUGUCACUUGUGAAUGUUCUUGGUGUGCUUUUGCUCCACAUUGCAUUAGUGACUCCAGGAACACAGAUAUGCCAAAAUCCAGAUGAGAAUGCCUACUCAAUCAUCACAUGUGGAGCUCCCGGGAAGAAUGGCCUACCUGGCAUGAAUGGGGCAGAUGGAACGAAGGGGGAAAAGGGUGAACCAGGUCUGCCUGGACCACAAGGAAAUACUGGAGAAACUGGACCAAGAGGAGAGCAGGGACCACCAGGACCACAGGGAAUAAAAGGAGACGGAGGAGCUUCAGGACCAUCAGGACCACCAGGCAGUGCUGGGCCAUCUGGACCAAGUGGACCUCCAGGAACUAAAGGAGAUAGAGGAGACAGCCAAGCUUUUGAAAUUGAAGCUUUUAAAAAGCAAAUUAGUAGCUUGGAUCAACAAGUGAAAAAUCUCCAAACCAGACUAGCACACGUGGAAAAGAAAAAAUGGUGGAAAGGAUAAAUAGAUGUGGUGGCGAUAUCUAAGCUUCCGAUGGUGAUUGGUCGAAUUACAAUGGCUUCCCCUCGAAAUUUUGCUGAAAUUCAAGCAGUACUUAUCGCUCACAAUCAGUAUGGCAAUCUCACAAUUCUGGGUAUAAAUGGGAUACAAAGCGAAGAUACUUUCCACCAUCCAUUCAGAUCAUCUACAACUUCAACUGGGACUGCGAGGAACCCAGUAAUAAAAUAGAAGAUUUUGUAGAAAUAUUUAGUGGAAAUUACCUAAAUUCAAUUAAAAUUAACCCAAACUAACCACAAUCUUUGUCAUGUAAAAACCUAAAUUGAAUCAUUCAAAAUAAAAAUUCUAACAAAAA